AUGAUGAUUAGUAGCAGUGGAACGACCAGCAAUAUCUCCAAACGAAAGUUUCGACAGUUUGUGUGGAUGAUCGCUCUCAUCUUGGCGGUGGUUCAUUUACUUAUCAUACGACUCCAAUUGAAAGGAAAUCAGUUGAAGACGCAAGCUGAACACUUUCGACACGAAAUAUCACCAUCUUCGCCCUCCAAAAAGAAACCAUUUUUGGGAAGUCCAAAGCUUCCUGCCGAUAGCGAAGAAAGGAAAGGAGCAAAGUGGGCCUAUGCCUUUUUGGUGGCUGGUUGCGAUCCGGACAAACCACUAACCUACCGAAACUACUUCUACAACAUUUUGGUGGCCGCCAACCUACUUGACCAAAACACCUCUUCCACAAACAAUCGAAAGACCGAUAUCAUUGUCAUGAUUCAAUUCACCAGAGCAAGCAACGCUACAGAAUUGCCACUAUCUGAGUUGCAAUGGCUGCAGACAACAAUACCCAACAAUCCCAAUCGCAAGCUUAGAAUUCAUUAUCUGCCGCCUCCCAUUCGAGACAACUUUUACAAUGCCCAGCUGGAAAAGUUUCGGAUAUUGGAGUUUGAAGAGUAUUCUCGGAUUCUGUACCUGGACUCUGAUGUCAUGCCACUUUGCAGUCUCGAUUAUCUCUUGGAAUUAUCAGAGAGCGGUGUUUUGAAACCUAACGUAGUGCUUGCAGGAUUCACAGAGCCAGCUUCUGGAGGAUUCUUUCUGUUGGAGCCUGGCCAAAGCUACUACAAAGAGUUAUUGGAAAUCAUCGAGACAAGGGAAGGAACUGUGGAGUGGAACAAGACACUUGGAUGGGGUGCUGUCAUGGACCAAGAAUGGAGAGGAAUUCCUAUGAAAGGAGGCCAGACUCCACGGCAUUCGAAAGUGUGGACAUUCCACGGAGACUUUGCGGACCAAGGGCUCUUGUACUAUUGGACACGCUAUUUCAGGGGAGAUGUUUCGAUUAUCUUUCUCCGAGAGAUUGAGAAUUGGCAAGACGGAUCAAUAGAGACAAUCGUCAAAUCUAAGAAAGUCUUUGGCAACAAGACAUGCCUUCCACCAGGUCAAGAGGCAAACAAUUGUUACGGAAGCUCGAUUCAUUAUCCCUUGUUCAACGAGAAAGCUCCCCAUCGAGACUUUAUUCAUUUUACUGGCGACAAGAAGCCAUGGGAAAAGGCAAUACAGCAAUUUCCAAAAGACUUGGCACAAGUUCGAUCAUCGACAGAGUACUGGUACUACAACUUGCGAACGAUAUUUGAUGCCUUUGCAUCAGAGCACCCCAAUCGAAAACUCCCAGCACUCCCAUUGAAGUGGAAACAGCCUAGUCUUGGACGAUACCCAACGCUUCGCAGCAUGGUUGGGACAAUAAACAAAAAGAAGAAACACAAAGCUCUACGAAAAACUGAACCGUAA